AUGUCCUCAACACCAGCAUUGGACUCCGCGUCUACAGCGGCGCACCCGCCCGAGUCGGAAGUGGGAGAAGUACCGGGUCAAACUUUCCAGUUUGCACGACCAAAGACGUUCAUUGGCCGACUGGCUAGUUCGUUCGUGCCAGACGUAGGCCCGAUCGUGCCCCUGAGUGUUCACAACGAAGCCAGCAAGAGCAGCAGGCCGAAAAGAAGGACAAGGAAAAAGAAGGCGAAAGACGGGAGAGCCGAUAUCCGCCGAGUGCCGAACCAUGACGGUGAUCCUAUUGACGAGGGUUCAGAUGAAUAA